ACAACGGGAUGUGUAUGUUAGCGUGCCUUGUGGCUAAUGCUAAUGGCUCAGUUUGCAUAUAAUACCGUGUAUUUCGAGCAUGCUCUGUUUUCCGUAGAUAACAGCUAGCUAGUAUUCAUUUAAUUCAGCAUGGGUUCAUUUGUUAGAUAAUCCCAACAGCAGACUUCAUCUAAUAAAUAAGUAAACAAUUUAACCAUAAUUAAGUUACCUUAAUGGUUAGUCCACUGAACUACAGCCUGGUCAUUUUCCGUCUCUGUGAUACUCGUCGUAACUUCUCAAAAUGCUAAAAGUAAAAAUACUUUUAAUUGGACCGAGCGAGCUAAUGUUGUUCACAGUGUGGAAAGACAGUCCUGGCAAAUUUCCUCUCGGAUACAGUGGAGACGGUUGGGGCAGAUUACAGCCCGACACAAGGAGUGAGGAUACUGGAAUUUGAGUCACAAAACCUGGGAAGUGGGACCAAAGACUCUGCCUGUGAAGUGGAACUGUGGGACUGUGCUGGAGAUUUCAAGUUUGAGGCAUGCUGGCCAGCUUUGAUGAAAGACUCCAAUGGUGUAGUCAUCGUAUUUAACCCAGACAUUCCAAGUCAUCUUAAGGAAGCAGAAACCUGGUACUCUACAUUCAUUACCUCACAAGGCCUACUACCAGGCCAGUGCCUGCUUAUAGCACAUCACAAGCCUGGGAGUGGUGCGGAUACAUCACGCCCUCAGUUAGCUUCUCAGUUGAACAAGCUACCCCUCAUACACUCCAACCUGGAGGAAGAUGCUGAGGAGGUGCGUCAGGAGUUCCGCAGAUAUCUGGGAAACGUUGUGAAAACAUUGUCGGAAAGUCGAGAACGUGAAGAAAUGUCAAUUAUAGCAUAACCUCUUAAGACUAUUCCAGUGGUAACUAACCUGCAUUUAACAUGCUCUCAUAACACGGAUUCAUCUGAUCCAGCCAAUCAAGGACCUCUUCAGAAGUUAGUUACCUGGAGCAGGUGUGGCAGAUCGUCAUUGGAACUGGACUCUGCAGGAAUACGGAUCUAAAGCACCAAGGUUGGAGACCACUGGACUAAUUAAGGAUUCCACUGUUAUUCUAUGAUACUGAGUUUGUUAAAUUUAAAGUAGCCAAUUGUUAACCCAAUUGUGGGUUUAUCCAUGCCACUUCAGAUAAGAACUGUCCUCAAGGUAAGCCAAAGUGACUUGGUAUGAUGACCCAAGUGUACAUUGUAGUUAAUGAUGAUCUUAAGACAUUGCCUUUGUCCUGCAUGUAAAAGCAAACAGACUUAUUGUUUAACAAUAAACAUUUAUUUAGUUCCUGGA